CCCUUUAUAUCUGUGGGUUUCCUUACUGAGCGUAAGUUCUCGUGCGCUUUUACGCAGAGCAGCCUGGAUCAUCCGAGCGCGCGGUGUCCGCCACACAGUCUCUAGUCCCCCACACAGUCUCUAGUCCACCAUGGCUCUCCGACCCUCCCAGCUCAUCCCUGCGGCUGUGCUGCUUAUACUGCCGAUCAUCGGGAUCCUGCUGGUGGUCCUUCCGGCUAAAGACAUAGAGGAACCACCGGCGAACACGUAUGGGAUUGUUCUGGAUGCAGGCUCAUCCCACACCUCUAUGUACGUCUACAAAUGGUUGGCUGACAAGCAAAAUGGCACUGGUAUAGUUACGCAGCACAGCGAGUGUCAUGCAGCAGGUGGAGGAAUAUCCAGCUAUGCAGGAGUUCGCGGUGGUGCAGCAAAAAGUCUGGAGGCCUGUCUGAACCAUGCUAUGAAGGAAAUCCCCAAAUCCAGGCACCAGAAAGCUCCACUCUAUCUGGGAGCUACUGCAGGCAUGAGGCUCUUGAACAAAGUCAAUGCUACAGAGUCCAGACGAGUACUGAAGGAAGUGGAGAACAAACUGCGUUCUUACCCUUUCAAAUUCAAAGAGGCAGCCAUCCUGAGUGGACAGGAGGAGGGGGCAUAUGGUUGGGUCACAGUCAACUACUUACUUGAAAACUUUGUCAAGUAUGGUUUUGUCGGGCGCUGGCUGAAUCCAGGCAGGGAGACAAUUGGAGCUUUGGAUUUGGGUGGAGCUUCCACACAGAUAACUUUUGAGACCUCCGAAGAGGUGGAAGACAAGGACAAUGUGAUAGAGCUGGAGCUUUAUGGACGAAGCUACAGGCUAUACACCCAGAGCUUCCUGUGCUAUGGUCAGGACCAGUUCCUGCGGAAACUGCUGGCUCAUCUUAUCACGGCCCAAGGUGUAAAACCCCAAGUGUUCCAUCCCUGUUAUCCAAAAGAGUUCAACAUAUCUAUUAAGCUGGGGGAGGAUGUCUUUCAUUCUCCCUGUACUAAUGGCUCCAGACUGACCAAGUUUAACCCCCAGAUGUCUGUAUCAGUGGUGGGCACAGGAGAAUACCAGAACUGCCUGAACAACAUAACAGAGAUGUUCCCCUUCGACCACUGCUCUUACUCCAAGUGCUCCUUUGAUGGGGUCUUCCAGCCCAAUGUGAGCGGAAGCUUCAUGGCUUUCUCUGCUUUCUACUUCACACAUAGCUACCUCAACCACCUCACCAACAUCCCCAUCAAGUCCCCAAGUCAAAUGAAGGAGGCAAUUCGACGUGUCUGCAACAUGAGCAUCUUUGAGAUGACAGAAAAGACAAAGCAGAAAGAGAAAUACAUGAAGAAUGUCUGCGCCAUCUCCAAUUUUGUCCAGGUCCUCUUACUGCAAGGCUACCGUUUUGACGAGGACUCUCUUCCUUCCAUUUCUUUUCAGAAAAAGGCAGGAGGAGCAUCCGUGGGCUGGGCGUUGGGGUACAUGCUGAGUCUGAGCAAUAUGGUUCCAGCAGAGAGCCUUGGUUUGAAGAAGGCGCUGCCCCCAGGGACCUGGGCUGGCAUUCUCUUCCUCUUCAUUGCCCUCCUCCUCAUUGCCCUGGGAUAUUUACUGAUGAUCUACAGAAAUGCUAAAACUAAAGAAGGCAUGGUGUAAGAGGGAGGCUGACACACCUACCGGUCCAGUUCAUAUUACUCAUGUCCGUCCAAAACUUUCUGUUAAUUGUGGAAAAAAAAUUGCAAAAUCAUUCUGAAUUUUUUGUUGCACUAUUGUGUGUAUGUAAGAGAAAUCACCAAAGGACUAAAAUAUUGCCUGCACAGUUUUCUUAUCAAAUUUAUAACCCUUCUGCUUGCUUGUGUAUGUAAAUUUAAACUACAGAAUAAGCAAUGUUUUUUGUAAAUGUUUCAGAUCUAUUAUUACAUCCACCUAAAGGAGCAGUGUGAAGCAUUUAGUGGUAGGUUGCAAGUUACAACCAACUGAAUAACCUUCCAUCACCUCCCCUUGUGAGGGUGUAGGGAACUUAUGUCCUGUUUCCACCAAGCAGGUCAGUUCAGUUCAGUACACAUUUUUCUUCCGUUUACAGUGUGAAAAGUUGUGGAUGGUACCGAUAGAACCGCCUACCGUCCCACUCUUUGUCACCCCUCAUUUGAGAUACCUAGCACACAGAUCCAGUACUAAAAUGUUGAGGUGAAACACUACAUUCUAUUGACUGGUCAGUAGAGAAUCAACAUGCUGUGUUCAGGGCUGAGCUGUGGCUUCUUUAACCACUGUUUAUACUGUGACAAGUUUUUCAUACAUCAGUAAACUAUAUAAAAUAAAAUAAUGUUUCACA